UGAGUACGUGGGAUGGCGAAAACAGGGAAUUGGAGUCCUCUUUCUUCUCCCUCUCGCACUGCGCCAUAUUCAAAUACACUCACUCACUCAGUGGCACAAAAACACGCACACUCACUCACAAACACUCUUCCCAAAACCCUAAACCCUCACUUUUUUUUUUCCGACGAGAAUGGCCGGCGGCAUCGACAUGUCCCUCGACGACAUUAAGAAGCGUUCAGCCGCCGCCGUGGCUUCUCGCCGCCGAUUCACGGUUGUUCACAACCCGGCCAGAACGACGCCGUACCCGAUUCCGCAGUGUUUGAUUGGUUGUCAGGUAAGGCAACAGAGCAUGGUUGCAUUAUUUCCAGAAAUGGUUUUGGAGGAGUCAGGUGCGGCUAAGAUUGAAAGUGGCACCAAGCUCUAUUUAUCUAACUUGGAUCAUGGAGUUACCAACGAUGAUAUCAAGCUGCUGUUCUCGGAAGAGGGUGAAUUGAAAAGCUACACUAUUCAUUAUGAUCAGAGUGGAAGAUCAAAGGGAACUGCAGAAGUUGUGUUCGUGAGGCAUUCUGAUGCUUUAUUAGCCAUCAAGAAAUACAACAAUAUGAGGCUUGAUGGAAAGCCAUUGCAAAUUGAGCUUGUUGGAACAAGUUUGGCUACUCCUGCUGUCGCUCCUCUUUGUCAAAAUAACUUGAUGGGAAGACCAAAUGAUGUCCAUUUUAGCACACGAGGAAGGGUUGGCGAUAGUGGGUUUCACAAUGACUUUGCACAGGGCUACCUUCCAAGGGGCCGUGGAGAAGAGAAGGACCAUAUUCGAAAGGUGUCUUUUAGAGAUCUUGAUCAUAGCUUUGAGAGGUUUCACCGCACUCAGAGUCAGAGAAGCUACGCAAAAGUAAAUGGCAAUUUUGGAAAGGUGACUGCUAAAGAUCUUGAUGAUGACUUGGAGAGGUAUCACUUAGAGGCUAAGCGGAUUAAAAAGCAAAAUGGAAAGUGAGAUAAUUACUGAUAGCUUUAAUGACUCAUUCUGAGUACAUACGACAGACAAGCAUUGUUUAUAACAUAAUGGUAAUAUGUCUGGGGUUUCUGUUUUCUAAUUUUUGUUGCAAAAUCUUAACAUUCCCAUGUAGCUCCUAUAAACAAGGAAGAGACAAUUGAAUGCAACAAUGUAGAUUUACACCCUAA